ACAGCAUUUUAUUGUCACUGCCACAGCACAGUUUCCUCUAAUCACAACCUUAAACUUUGUUCUUCUCUACAUUAUUUUUUGAGAAAAAAAUAGACAGAGGCCAUAGACAUGGCAAAAGCAAUUGCAGCUUCUUUCUUGGUUCUCAUGCUCGCUUUUCCCACUGUCUUUGGUGUUGACUAUGAUGUUGGUGACAGUAAUGGAUGGGCCUCACAGGUUGAUUACACCACCUGGGUCUCUGGGAAAACUUUCCAUGUUGGUGACAACUUGGUGUUCAAGUAUGAUUCCAGCCAUGAAGUUGAUGAGGUUAAUGAGAGUGGCUACAGCAGUUGCAGUUCAAGCAACCUCAUCAAGAACCACAAUGAUGGAAACAGCAAAAUUGCAUUGUCUGCAACUGGGAACAGGUACUUCAUAUGCCCCAGAGCAGGGCACUGUGCCGGAGGCAUGAAGCUGCAGAUCAAUGUGGUGGCUGCCAAUUCCACCACCCCAACCACCCCUUCAACCCCUUCAACACCGUCUUCUCCGCCGUCUGAGUCAGGGACACCUUCAACCACCAACAGUACUUCACCACCGUCAACUAACGGAGCAGUUGGAGUUUCCGGCAGCAUUGGGCUUCUGGCGGCUGCUUCGGCAGUUGUUCUUGGUUUCAUGGGCUAGGGAAGAGACAGUGCUUUUCAUCUUUCUUCAUCAAUAUGUUCUUCUUUUUUUUUUCUUUUUGAGUUGCUGCGAGCUUCAUUUGAUUCACAUGUUUCCCUCAUCAUCUUCAUCUUCGUGUUUAUUAUCCUUUGACUUUUGAAAACACAUUUCUUUUCAA